CUCACUUUCGCGUCAUAGAUUCCUUAUCCAUGAGGACCAUAUUUCUCGUGACUUCGUUGAGUUGAAUGAUAGAACGUAGUAUCUUCUCACAGACACUAUCAUCAGAUUCCGAUCAUCAUCUACGCAGGAAAGCACCAUGGCCGAUGCUCUUGCUGUUCACUUAGCUGAGUUGCUCAAGCUGUUGGAAUCACAAGAUCACAUGGAAGAUAUAAUUGAAGCUUUUAAUGUUCUCAUGAAUUACCUCAAAGAGAUGAUGCGUGGGUAUGAAAACAAUGAAAUGUAUGUUCUGUUUACAAAAAUAGAACAAUGGAAAACUUCCAUUCGUCAUUGGUAUUAUUUUGAACCAGAAUCAACACCAAAGGAUAUGAUCAUAGAGAAUUGUGAAAAACUCUGUGACAUCAGAUUUAGCUCAAACAUAGAUGGAGACGAAAUUGUUGUGGGCUUUGAUGAUGAAGUGCAAACAUUACUUGAUCAACUUACUCGAACUUCAACAAAGCAUUUCCAAGUUAUCUCAAUCACAGGAAUGGCUGGACUUGGUAAGACGACUUUAGCAAGAAAGUUGUACAAAAAUCCGUUAAUUGAGUACAUGUUUGACAUUCGAGCAUGGACUUGUGUUUCUCAAGUAUAUUCGAAGAGAGAUUUGUUACUAGGGAUAUUAAGAUCUUUCAUCCAUGAUUGUAUAGACGAGACGUAUACAAUGAGAGACGAACAGUUGGGGGAAAAGCUAUAUAGACUCUUAAAGGGUAGAAAAUAUUUGGUAGUCUUUGAUGAUAUCUGGGAUUGUAUGGCCUGGAAUGAUCUCAAAAUUUAUUUUCCAGAUGACAAAGUUGGAAGCCGAGUUGUCUUUACCAGUCGUGACAUUGAUGUGAGUUUACAUGUAAGGGCGUCCAUAACUGCUCACAUCUUGCGUCUCCGUACUGAAAAUGAAAGUUGGGACAUAUUUCAGAAGAACGUAUUUAGAAUCGGAAUAUGCCCUUCUUGGUUGGAGGUGGUUGGAAGGGAAAUAGCAAAAAAAUGUCAAGGUUUGCCUCUUGCAAUUGUUAUAACUGCAGGUUGUUUGCAGAAUAAAUGGUCACUUUUCUCGUGGAUAGAAGUUUCUAGAAAUCUACAUUCGUUAAUGGUUCGUGAUCCAAGUCAAUACAUGGACUCGCUGGUGUUAAGCUAUGAAAAUUUACCUCCUCACCUAAGGCAUAGUUUUCUCUUUCUUGGAGUAUUUCCUGAGGACUAUGAGAUCCCAGUGACAAAAUUGAUUUGGCUAUGGAUUGCUCAAGGACUCAUACAUCCAAUUGGAAACAGAGUGGUGGAGGAUAUUGCAGAUGGUUUCUUGAGGGAAUUAAUCAAGAGAAGUCUGCUUAUGACUACCAAAAAGACGGCUAAUGGCCAAAUUAAAGCAUGUCGUAUCCAUGACUUAUUGCGGGAUUUGUGUUUGAGAAAAGCCAAGGAAGAAUGUUUUUUGCCACAGAUAUAUAUGAGAGUACCAUCACAAAGACCCUCUCUGGUUCCUGCUAUCCAUUUGAGUUGGGCCAUGUUCAAGUUGCUGGAUCAGUUAGUUAGUGAAAGAUAUGAAUCCCUUAUGAUUCUAGAUAUGGAGUCUGUCCCUAUCUCCAUAUUUCCAUCUGGCGUAUCACAGCUUUCUAAUUUGAGAUACUUGGCUAUCCAAGCUCGUGAUGGAAGUCCCGAAGCAUCAAUAUCAAAGCUUGUCAACCUACAAAUGCUGAUAAUAUUAUCGAGGAAGAAUAUUGUUAUGCCAAAAACCAUAUGGGAUAUGGCAAAUCUAAGGCACAUAUGUAUCAAAGGAGGGGAAAAUCUUAUCGAGGAGAAGAAUGGUUGUUGCAGUGGGUUGGGUAGCCUGCAAACCUUAUCCCAAGUAAGUCCUCACUCAUGCCACAAUAUAUUUUCAAGGACUCCCAAUCUUAGGAAGCUUGGAUUUUGUGGCCCCUUGAUAUCAAACCUAGGUGAUCUUGAAUUUCCAAAUAUCCGCUCUUUGAAGCACCUUCAAAAGCUGAAGUUAUCAAAUACAAUUCCCUACCCUGAACUAACGAGGUCGUGCAAUCCUCUUAUGUUUCCUUCAAAUCUAAAGAAACUGACAUUGUCAAAUAUUGGGUUGGAUUGGGAUGAGACGUGGACCUUCGCAUGGCUACCAAAUCUCGAGGUUCUAAAAUUAAGAGUUCAUGCCUGCGUUGGAGAAAAGUGGGAAACAAGCGACACGGUAUUUCAGAGACUGAGAGUCUUGAAAUUGCAUGAUUUGGACUUGAGGCAAUGGGUAAGCUCUUGCGAUACUUUCCCAAGGCUGCAAUGUUUGGUGGUUCGCCAUUGCUUAAAUCUUGAAAGCAUCCCAAUGGGUUUAGGGAAGAUUCUGACACUGGAUAUGAUUGAAGUAAGCGGGUGUAGUAGUUCUGCACAUUACUCAGCAUUAGAAAUUCAGAAAAAACAAGAGCAAGAAGGAAACUGUUUCUUGAAAGUCAAUGCAACCAACAAUGUUUCAGGUAGUCGCUCAGAAGACUUAACCGAACAACCAACAGAGUUUUAGUCGAGAAAAUUUAGGAAACAUCAACGUUCCCAGGAUGAAGAUGACCGAACUAGUUUGAGUUUUUAAAUGAUGAAUUUGUUACGAUCCCACGUCGGCCAAAUGAAAGUUUGAUUGGCAGCUUAUAAGUUUAGGUGUCCCCUCCCCUUCGAGCUAGCUUUUGGGAGUGAGUUCUACAACUAGGCUUAUGACAUGAUGCAAGCCUAGUCUAGUAUGAGAAGGCUUUAGACCAGAAGGUGUGGGCAACUAGAUGUAACACUAUUUUGGUGCCACAUCAUCAAUGGUGUUACUUUUUUUCCAUUUUAUAA